UGAAGCAAAGCAUAUUCUAGUAUGUGUAAGCUGUGUGGACUUCAAUUUCUGCUUGUCAUCCACUCGGCUCUAUGCCAGAAUUUGGGGGACCUGCAUGUAACUGGGCCUCUGAAGGACAUGAAUUUCUCUGUUCCAGAAGGAGGGGGAGUGCGCGUCAUUUACCAGUUCACAUCUGAGCCACCUGCUGUGAGUUUCAGAGCAACUGGUGAAAAAGACGGAAUAAUUGACAUUGUGCCGAAGACAGGUGUCCUGUACCUCAGUGGGUCUCUGGACUGGGAGACCAAAACAGUGCACAGGCUGCAGGUGGAAAGUCUGGAUGAAAAGGGAAACGUAGUGAAAGGUCCAUAUGCUGUUACAAUACAUGUGGAGGAUAUCAAUGACAACCCACCAGAAUUUGACCAGAUAAAGUACACCGGAGUAGUGAGGCAGAACUCCCGUCCAGGCAAGCCCUUCAUGCACGUCCACGCCACUGACCGCGAUGACCCUACAACUCCCCAUGCACAGCUGACGUACAGCAUUCUCCAUCAUUUUCCCAACCCUUAUACAGAAAUGCUUUUCCAGAUCAAUAAUGUAACUGGAGCAAUCUCACCAAGUGUGACGGGCUCUUAUUACUUAGAUCCUCAAAAGCAGGACACCUUCACACUCGUCGUCACCGUGAAGGACAUGGCAGGGAUGACAAUGAAUGCUUUCACCAGCAGUGCUGAUGUGAUCAUUACUGUGAAGGAGAGCCUGUGGAAAGCUCCCCCCACUAUCCGCAUCCAAGAAAACUCAACCCAGAUCUACCCUGUCAACAUCAGCCAGGUGCAUUCAAAUGAGCCAGAUGUAAUUUAUGACCUUUUUGAAAAAGAAAAGCUGCCCAGGCUCCCAUUUUCCAUCGAUCAGAAUGGGGUUAUUUAUGUGACUGACCCAUUGGACAGGGAAGAAAAGGAUACUUAUUCUUUCUUUGUGGUCACAAAAGAUAACAAGGGAGAACUGGUGGACAAGCCUCUGCACAUUCAUGUUAUUGUGGAAGACAUUAAUGACAAUCCCCCUGUGUGCCAGCAGGCCCUCACUGUAAUUGAAGUUCAAGAAAAUGAAGAUGAAGGAAGUAACAUUGGCACCCUGUUAGCUACAGACAUGGACGAGGAGGGCACCCUUAACUCUCGCCUGCAGUUCAAAAUUGGAAGUCAGGUUCCUGCUGUUCCUGCAAGUAAUCUGUUCUUUAUUCAGCAAGAAACUGGGAUUUUGCAGUUAACUAGCCGUUCAUUAAACAGGCGCAUUGCAUCCAACUAUUCCUUGAAGGUGCUGGUGACAGAUGCAGUAUUCCAAACAAUCUGUGACGUGCAAAUAUAUGUCAUCGACAUCAAUGAUCAGAUCCCCAUCUUUGAAAAAUCAGAUUAUCACAACGUGACUGUUGCAGAAAGUCUCCCGGUAGGAACAGUAAUAUUAGAAAUUCAAGCUACCGAUGGAGACGAGCCUGCCACAGGGAGCUCCUACAUCAUUUACCAAGUGAAGGAAGGAGAUCCAAACAACACGUUCAUCAUAGAGACAGAUUCUGUCACAAACCGAGGAUUCGUCAAGAUUAACAAGGCUCUUGACUUUGAAGCAGCUUCAGUGUACAACCUGGUGAUCAGCGCCACAAACCCCGAACCGUUGGUGCCAGGCGUGCAGUACAACUCAAGCUCCCUUACCUUGUUUAAAGUCUUCGUAACAAAUGUGGACGAGCCUCCUGUUUUCCACAAGACAGUUUACAAAGCAGAAGUGUCUGAAGACAUUCCUGUCAAUACCCUGGUCAUGACGGUAGAGGCCUAUGAUCCCGAGGGGGAUACUGUACGAUACUCCUUAGAAGGUGACGUGAGGAAAUGGCUGAGAGUUAAUUCAGCCACUGGGCAGGUAUACACUGCUUCCACUUUGGAUCGAGAACAACAAGGAACAUACACAGUUGAGGUUGCUGCAUCAGAGCUAAAAAAUGCAGCUCAGAAAUCCAAAACAACCUUGAUACUACACUUACGUGAUGUGAAUGACAACCCUCCACUGUUAGCUAUGGAUUAUCCUCCUUUCUUCUGCCACCCGCUCCGUGGAGGAGAGAGAGCUUUCAUUCAAGCUGCUGAUGCUGAUGAACAGUGGUAUUAUCCAACAUUUACUUUUUCUCUCGCGGAUGAUAUGAAUGCAAGAAAUAAUUGGGAAAUCUCAAAAAUCAAUGCUACUCAUGCUUACCUUUCUCCGAAACAUGCUAACUUUGAAGAGAAGGUGUAUAAUGUUCCAGUAAUAAUUAAUGACAAUGGAAAACCACCUUUGGAAAGAAAAGUAAAUCUUAAAGUAAACAUCUGCAAGUGUUCAAGUGAAAAGUCAUGUUUUAUUGAAGUACAGCGUGACCACUCCUGGCCAAGCACUGGCCAGGCAAUUGGGAUUCUUACUGGGGUCCUGCUGAUCAUUGGUUUCAUUAUAGGGAGUGUGUUUUUUCACAUGAGAUACAAACAGAAAAAUGAAAAGAAGAGCCAUCAGAAAGAUGUAAAGGAUAAGUCUGAACUCAACAGACUGGCUUAAUGACUGUUUCAUCAAGAGACAAAUAUGACCUUUGGGUUGGGAAGGAGUGAGCUUGGUAGCUCCCAAAGCCCAGAAGUGUACUAUCACAAAUUGAGGAUACAAACAUACAAAAGCAGGCUCCCAGGGUUUUGUCUUCACUUUUGUAGGCAAUACUAUUCAGACAUGAAACAAAAAACAUACGUACACUUCAGCAGCAGCCAUUAAUGAGUAUAUCAGCUUUGACUGAGGUGUUAACUCAUGACAACACCAAAUGCUGAGCUCCUGCAAGGAUCAAUACAUGGGACCAGCCUUCGUUGUUUGGCAGCUGAAGUAAAUAUGGACUUUCCAGAGGACUACAUUUUAUCUAACGGCACAUCUUUGGCUCUUUCCAUGUCAAUAAGUUACUGAAUAGCAGAACUUGGAAUAAAGUCCUGUGCUACAUUUGAAGAUGUCCCAUGAAGUUUCAGGAAUCCCUCUGGAUCUCAGCAAAGGAACUCCCAAAUUUACUGCAAUCUAUAAUCUGCCCUGGGUCAUGCCUGCUUACAUUAUGCUGGUGAAUUUGUGCUGGCAAUAU